AUGCCUGACGAGACAAUGGAGCCGCAUAUCAUUCAUCCAGUAACCAUGGAUGCUUGUACACAACUGUUCAUUGUGGCGAUUGGUGACCUGAUUGACCAGGGAACUUUUGCUGAGAUCAUGCUGCCACGAACUCUGGUUGGCAACAAUGUCAAUGAGCCUGAAGCAGAGAUCAAUUGCCAUGUCGUGUGCAAGGAAAUCUCACAUAAUUCCAUCCACCACGACAUGACAGGAUGGAGUGCCGGUGCUACAAUGCCAGAAUUCCGCAUUUGGCAAUAUCAAACAGUUCUUCUAGAACGGCCCGCACCCAAAGCCCGCCACUACCAGCAACCAUGGACUUUCAUGUGGAAAUCAGAUGUUAGUAUGAUGGAACCACAAGGGACGACAGACUAUCUCCGCCAGGCUUGCGACAAGGGAGCCCGCAACCGUGAGCAGAACGCAAAGGAUUUAUCUAAUUCUCUUAAUAAAGUGGUCGCAAUUCUUGUCCACAGGGCUCUAUCCAGUAUCCAAGAACUUCGCUCCCCUCCGCCACCUCACAUUGAAAGGUACCUUUUCUGGCUUCAGGAGACGCGCCGGCGUCUGCCGAUGGAUUCAGGCUCUUUAAAAAAGCAAGACAAAUUGAUUCAAGAUGGUGCUUCUACCUCCGUGGAAGGUGAACUGAUGUCAUGUGUUGCAAGCCCCCUUGACUCGAUCAUAAAUGGCGAGGUCGAUCUUUUCCACCUUUUAUCCCAGGAUGGCUUAAAACCAGUCGUCCCGGCGGUACAGGAGCUGCUCCGCGCAUACGGCGAUAUUUGCGGACAUCAAACAGGAGGGCUGAAGGUUCUGGAGGUUGGAUCCGGUGAUGGUGCCAGUACCAAGGCCUUUCUUCCAGGUCUGGCAGGUAGCAUGUACACUUACACGGACAUAUCGACAACGUUCUUUGCCAAGGCGCAAAAGACUCUGGCUCAAUGGGCAGACUCAAUUGACUACCGCAAAUUCGAUAUCACACAGGACUUUCAGAGCAAAAUUUGGAGGCGAAUUCAUUUGACCUCUUAUGCCUUGCAGAACCUCAAGUCAUUGCUGACGAAGUCGGGAAAGCUUGUCCUGGUCGAAAUUUGCAAAAUGGAUGUCCUCCUCCCGCUCGUCCUCGGUCUGCACCGGGGCUGGUGGCCCAGCAAGGAAGAAACCCGCAAAGCUGGUCCGCUGCAGUCGGCAACUUGGUGGUCCAAGACACUAAAAGCAUCUGGCUUCUAUAAAGUGGAACUUUCAAUUGGUGAUUCCGCGACUACAACGAGAUCGGAGCGCACUUUGAUGAUUGCUGGUGUUGCUGGCCCAGGUGACGAUGCUGACCAGUCUUCGGGGAUACAAGCGCCACCGAUCCUCGUGAAACCACCUCAAUCAUCCUCCCAAGUCAAUGGAAUCGCUGAGGCGCUUAGUACCAGUCUGGCCCCGCCUGGGAAUGAAUGUACCAUUGUCGAUAUUCUCGGUGUCGCACAUAAUGCGGAACUGCGAGGAAAGAUAUGUAUCAUCAUAGAUAUACAGGGCGGUCUCCUUUCUCACAUGAGUAAUGAUCUAAUGGCCAACUUUCGACAUCUCUUCAACUCCUGUAAGGAAAUGCUCUGGGUCCACGGGGAUGAUCAAUCAGAUCCGAAUGCUGCUCUUAUCACAGGUCUCAUCCGGGCUGUGCGGUGGGAGCAGGACUUCCGUCAACAGAAUCUCGUCACAUUGGAGAUAGGCCAUGGACACAAUCCCAGGAAACCAUUCAACGUAUCACGAGAAUAUAUCAACAUGAAUUUGAAACAAUAA